UGUUAGCCAAUAUAAUGGAAUAAUACGACAAGUACUAAUUGUUUUUAAGAUUAACUAAUAAGAAAGAGAGUUCAUCAAAAUAUGAGUCUUUAAAUUCUUCAUGCAAAAAACAGCAUCCUACAAUUUUAAGUGGAAAGAGAAAUCCUAACAAUGAGGCAUAUAAGAAACUACAUUAAAGUUCUGAAAUAUUUAAAGAAAAUACAACACCAAUUAAGAAUGAUGUAUAAAAACCAAAAAAUUAUGCUACAGAGAGAAAAUCACUUGAAGAUUCAAACACCAAAAGAACUUUGAUUCCAAGCUUAGAUUAAUAUUAAUCACCAGAAAGAAGAUAUUCAUCAAAUAUUAGAUAUAAUCCUAAUACGGAAAGUUCAUAAAAAGAAUCUAAAAGAAUUUUAAAGUAAGUUACAUUCUUAAAAUUUAGAACAUGUGAAUAGAGAUAAUAGGACUUUUCUCAUCGAAUUAACUUACCAAUUAGUGCAGUAAAACAAUUUUUUUAUUAUAUUAGAUGUAAGUUAAGGAUUAUAAAGAAGAUAAUUAUGGUUUAGGUAAAUAUAAAUCACACGAAUCUACUUAAAAGUUAAAAAGUUACCUUGAUCUUUAAGGAAAUCUUAAUAAUUGUAAAUUUAUAAUUAUAUUCAGAAACGAUUUAGAGUUAUACUGAUAGAUUAUUCAAAAGUCAGAAUAAAAUAUAAAAAAAUCUUUUAUCAUCAUAUUAAAUUUGUAAAGCCUAAUCAGAAUUGAAGAAUGGAAAGAAGAGAUUUAUAUAAAGUGCUAUGUCAUAAUAGUUGUCACCUCCAUAAAAUCCAAUUCAACCUAAAGAUAUAAAUAAAGUUUUUUUAAAGAGUACUUAAGAAGUAUGGGAUAAUUAAGUAAAAUUAAUAUUUUAAUUAUUUUAGUAAUAGUAAUCAAAAGCUAUUGUAAAAAUGAAACAUGCUUAUCAACAAAAAAGUUAAAUCGAUUUGAGAUGA